UCUCCUCUCUUUUCCUCUCUUUUUUCUUCAUCAUCUCGAUCGUCCUUCGACUCGUCCUUCGCUUCGGUCCAUCGCCCACAUUCGUUCGUGUGCUUGUUACUCCACGACCUCCAGUGUCAGCCCGUCUCUUUGUAUACCCAACAAAAAGAAAAACCUUCACUACCGUCACCAUGCGUUUCUCCGUCCUUCUCUCCGGCCUCUUCGCCGUCAUGGCUGCUGCCGAGACCACCUCUGCCCCAGCUACUGCUGUCUCCAUGAGCCCCGCUCAGGCCUCUCAGCUGGCUUGUUACAAGGCCUGCCCUGAGGGCGAUGUCAACUGCCAGGCUCACUGCGUUGCUGUCCCCUCUCCCGACGGCGCCCAGGCCAACGCCACCACCCAAUGUGUCGCCAAGUGCCCCCAGGGCAACGGCAGCGCUGCUGAUACCAAGGCCUUUGGCGACUGCAUCCAGAAGUGCAUCAACAACCACUACUUUGUCACCUCCAAGGGCACUCCCGAGGCUACUGGCGCUGCUGGUGGCAACAACGCCGCCAACUCCAACACCGACUCCGCCGCUGCCCCUACCGGCACUGGCUCCUCUGAGUCUUCCGGCACUGAGUCUGGCGCUGCUCCCACUGGUUCUGCUACCAAGUCCAGCGGCAGCUCAAGCACCAAGACCGGCUCUGCUUCCACCACAUCCACCACCAACGCUGCUCCCGCCAUCAUCGCCUCUGGCGGUGCCUUUGUUGGUGUCAUCGCUGCCCUUAUGGCUCUGUAAUUUCUGAGAUAUCCCUUGACUUUUUUGUUGUCUUUUGCUAUCUUUUUAAUUUCAGUCUUGGAUAAUGUAAAGGGGUUUAAUUUUCCUGGUUUUGA